GUAUAAGGUAGAAGUUAACCUCCUGUUUUAACCAUUGAUCGUGUCACCGGAAGUACUAUAUUCAUCGCUCCAAAACCACGUUGCUUAUAAACUGACAGUUUUACAAAUGUUAAGCGAUGCCGUUGUUUCCCAUCCGUGCCUUGGUUCUACCAUGGUGACGUACGCAUUACGACUGAAGCCAGGGGAGGAGAUCGUCUCCACCCUGCACCGCUUUGUGGAGGACAACAACCUUGGGGCCGUGAGCAUUCUGACAUGCGUGGGAAGCGUGUCUCGCGUGACCUUGAGAAUGGCGGACAGCACAACAAUAAAGACGUACAAAGAAAACUGCGAGAUUGUCUCCCUUGUUGGCACUGUGUCAGCAGGUGGCCACAUGCACGCGUGUUUCAGUGACGCACGUGGUGACGUGUUCGGUGGUCACGUGAUAGGCGACAUGUACGUGUACACGACGGCGGAGAUCCUGCUGGGUGAAUGCACAGGUUUAAGCUUCACGCGGGAGCACUGCCACCUUUCCGGAUAUGACGAACUUGUAGUGAAAAAGAAAUAACGCUUUUUAACCAGGUUUUCCGAAGGAAAAAACUGGUUAUUAGAUAGGCGAAUGUCGGUGGGCGGACGGGCUGGCUGGCGGGCUGAACAAGCUUGUCCGGGCCAAAUUACGUCGAUAUCUCCAAGGUCAAGGUCACAAUUUGAGUUUGAAGGUCAAAAAUUGCCAUAAAUGAGCUUGUCCGGACCAUAACUUUGUCGUUCAUUGUGAAAUUUUAAAAUCAUUUGGCACAUUUGUUCACCAUCAUUAGACGGUGUGUCGCGCGAAAGAAUCACGUCAAUAUCUCCAAGGUCAAGGUCGCCACACUAAAAAUAGAUUGAUUUUGAAACAACUAUGUAACUAUUAACAAUCAGUAACAAUGCACAUUUUGAUUUUGAGUAUCUCUCUUUAUCAGACUUUUUAUGCUCCCGGUAGGGUGGCAUAUAACAGUUGAACUGUCCGUCAGUAUGUCAGUAUGUGUGUAUGUCAGUCUGUUCGUCCGUCCGAAAAAAACACUUUAACGUUGGCCAUAACUUUUGCAUUAUUGAAGAUAGAAACUUGAUAUUUGGCAUGCAUGUGUAUCUCAUAAAGCUGCACAUUUUGAGUGGUGGAAGUUCAAGGUCAAGGUCAUCCUUCAAGGUCAAAGGUCAAAAAAAAAUUUCAAACGGCAUUCUCAUAAAGCUGCACAUUUUGAGUGGUGGAAGGUCAAGGUCAUCCUUCAAGGUCAAAGGUCAAAACAAAAAUUCAAAGCGGCGUUCUCAUGAAGCUGCACAUUUUGAGUGGUGGAAGUUCAAGGUCAAGGUCAUCCUUCAAGGUCAAAGGUCUUUUUUUUCCAAAGCGGCGCAAUAGGGGGCAUUGUGGUUCUGACGAACACAUCUCUUGUUUUUUCUAAGUGAAAUCAAGGUCAAUUUUACACAAGGGGGUUAAUAUACACAUUUUGAAUUGUCUCCAUUUAUCAGACUUUUUUUCAACUGAAAACCUGGUUUUGUGACAAUUUUGUCCCUUGUUAAUUUCUAAGUUAGUUUCUCUGAACUAAAUUUUGAGCUGUAAAUUCGGUAUUCAUUCGUCAUUCAUCAGUCAUUAGAAGUAUGCUUUCGAUUUUCAAGAUGCAUCAAGUGUCAACAGAACGGAUAUCAAGUCAGCCAUCACGAUUCCAUUCACCGCACCCCUUAUCUCAUGGGUAAUAUUUCAAACGCUGUUUUAAACAAUAUUCUCAAAUGAAAUACGAAAAUCAGCGUUGUCUAUCAAAUAAGUGCUUAAAUAAAAUACGGAAAAGAAUUAGUUUUUAGCUCACCUGAGCACAAUGUGCUCAUGGUUAGUUUUUGUGAUCACCUUUUGUCAGUCGUGCGUGUUGCGGUGUCAACAUUUGCCUUGUUAACACACUAGAGGCCACAUUUAUUGUAUGAUCUUCAUGAAAUUGGGUCAGAAGAUUUGUCCCAAUGGUAUCUUGGAAGAAUUCGAAAAUGGUUCCGGUUUGUUGAAAAAGAUUGCCACCACGUGAACAGGCAUUUUUCUUUAAAUGGCUAUAUAUAUUACGAAAAUGACUCUGGUCUUUUGGAAAACGUGUCCUCCAGGAGACGGGGAAUCUAUUAUUAUAUGGCUACAAUAAAACCUUGUUAAAACUCUUAAAAAUACAUUUAUUCUUCACUCUGCGUGAAAGUUGGUCAGAACAUUUGUUCUAAUGACAUCUUGGGCUGCACAGAACAGGUCAGUUCCUUUGUAUCUCAGCUGAGCGACUUUUGGCCUUUCAUGCCCUUUUGUUUAAAUGUGUCCUACAAUUAAAAACGAAAAAUCAA